AUGAACUGCAGCAACGGCGCUAUCUUCGCGAGGACCCAGCCUCAGACCCUUACGCUUCUCUCCGCUGAAACCCCCCACCAUAGAAAGUUGGGCGCUCUGCUAUACGCCAAUAACAAUCAUUCGACACCCUUCUACGCGAGCAGUGGCAAGUUCACUGGCGAAGUGCGCAACCCUACGACGGCCGAUCCUGCUAUUAUGGAGUUCCAAGUAGCAGGGCAUACGAAAGAGGAGCUGAAACGCGUCUACGUCGAUAUGGUCCGUCAGAACAAUGAGCUUGCCCAGACAAUCCUCAAGUUUGGCCAGAUUCUCGGAGCCAUCGACGAAAGGCAGCUAGACGCAGUGGCACGCGAUAACUAUACUACAGCCUCUGGCUCUAUUGAUGUAGAGAAGCGAACUGUCGCAACCCAUAGCAAAGCCGGGAACAGAACUCCGAGCAGCGACUCCGGCUACUCCUCGAGCAUGGAUCAUCCUGAUCCCGAAAGUGAGGACCAUGUCGUAUUCCGGGGACGUGCUGAAGAUGUUGUUGUAUAUCGCGGACGUCCCAAUAACCAUGGUGAUGCCGACGACGUCGUCCUCUUCCGUGGAAGGAGUGGCGUGGAGCCUGACUUUGACGGCCCUGCUUAUCUUGAUGCCGAAAUUAGUGUCACUCUUCUUUCCGGCUUGGAGGCCACUGCUUAUCAAGGCCGCAUGCCAGAGGAUAGCCUUGGAAGUGCAACUCGAAGCAUUAAAUCCCCCGUUUCAGAGGCACAGGGCGGGGUACAGAUAGCUCCUCUCCAGCUCGAUGACGGGCAGAGUACCCGUGCCAACUCCACUACCAGCGCAGCGUCCUCCUUCAUCUAUCCUACCCAAUGUCCCGACACACCGGCGACCGUUGUCUGCGCUGAUUUUGCUGACGAGGAGCUGAUGGUUCCAAUCCCAGUGUGUCCAAAGAGCAUUGCUCUUGAGCAGAUCCUGCACCGCAAGGGAUUGGACCGUGAUCACCGAGAAGGACCAAGCCUCUUCAACAGUGAAGCAGAAAAUUAUGAUGUUACCGAGCAGAUGUACCAGCUGUACAUCAGGAAUGGACUGCGACCAAAGGCCGAAUGGAGCAUAGGGAUGGGUGUAUACUUGGAGGACGUGUCCGCUUCCCUGACUGACGAUUACCAACGAAGCGGCUCCACCGACAAGAGCAAACUGGUUACAGAUGAGAAAAUGGCCGAGUACAAUUCAAUGCGACAACAGGCGCUUGCAAUCAACACAUUCGAUAUGAAUGUGGAAAACACAUUCGCAGCCGACCAAUUCCACGAUAUGCUUGCCACGCCUCAGAGUGGGUUCGACCACGAUUACUGGCCGGCUGGGAAUAAUUGCUGGAGUAUACGGGCUCCUCAAAAUCCUCUUCAUAGCCAAGCCGUCCACGUAAAUCACUUCCUCGUUCCUACAACUCCCGAAGUCCGACAACAAAGUGGGCAGGAAGAACCAAUUACUCCCUUAGGGGCAUUGUGGAAUAUUCACCGUUGGCUUCGCUACAUGGAAAAAAUUCAAGACAAGAAUGCGAAGGCAACCUGUUUCGUAGGCCGUCAUUCCCCUCUCGAAAAGGCCUACUUGAGAAGGAACGACACGCUGGCGAUGGCGGAUGGCACGAUCACACACAUCACUUUGAGGGAUGGCGAUGUUUUUGGGAACCCAAGAUUGGGAUUCAAAGAUCGAUUCCCAAACAUUCCGGCAGACGCGUUCCUCAAGCCUCUUCCUCUCCAGGAACUUCCAUGGCGCAAAGCUCGCCGCGAAUACAAAUAUACGCUCGAAGCCGGAGUCGGCAGUCCAGUUGUAGAAAUGCUCAUGAGGAGGAGUGACCGGAAACAGGCCAUUCACGCGCAGAUAACAACAAUGGGCUUUACACCCUGA